AUGCCGGCCCUAGCAACCAAGCGUUGCUACCAGGGUGACGUCAGCGCUAGGCGCCGACCGACCGCGCGAAGCCACGCCCCCUUGCUUUGGCCCAAGCCGGCGGAGAGGCUGAUGACGUCACUCGACGGCGACGGGCCCGUUGUCGCCCCCCUGCUGCGCCUUUUGGACUACAACUCCCAGAGGGUCGCAAUGGCGGGGGAUUCUGGGAAUGUGGGAGAGGUUGGAGAAGGCAAACUGGCGGGAGAGGAGGAGGGGGGGAAAAUGAACGAGAUCAAGGAAAGCCUUCGGAACAUUGAACAGACCUACAAGAUCUUCCAGCAGCAGCAAUUUACCUUCAUCGCUGCCCUGGAGCACACGCGGGAAAAUGCACAUGACAAGAUCAGGCCCGUCUCCACCAUUGGACAGGUGCAGACAUAUAUGGAUCAUUAUUGCAACAACUCCACUGACAAGCGGAUUCUGCUCAUGUUCCUCAACAUCUGUAGCGAUCUGAGCCGGCUAUGCCAGCGGCUAGAGACCCUCCAUUCUGGCAAUGCCACCACCAAUGCCCUCCUGGAUAAAUGCAAGACCCUGGUCAGCCACAGCAACGACCUCAGCGCCAUCCGAGCCAAGUACCCCCAUGACGUGGUGAACCACCUGAGCUGCGACGAAGCACGAAACCACUACGGCGGGGUGGUGAGCCUGAUCCCCAUCGUGCUGGACUGCAUGAAAGAGUGGGUGGCUCACAGCGAGAAGCUGCCCCGCAACAUGAUGCAGAGUGUGAGUGCUCGGCGGGAAGCCAUCUACCACCAGCGGGAACUGCCCAACCUGAACAUGGGGCCCCGGAAGGGGAUGCCUCCCUUCGUGACGGAGGGCACUCAGACCUCGCUGAGUCUGACGGAGAAGGCCCGGCUGCGGGAGAAAAGGGGGGAGGCUAAGAUCAAGGAGAUGGGGACCCUUGGGAGGGCCAUACACAAGUUUCUGGAUGGGCCCUGGAGAGCGCCUGGUAAAAACGCCUUUUAAAAAUUGAGACACACAGAGAGAGAUCCCCAAACCCUACGCUCAUGAUUAAAAGAGAGUCUCCCUAUGUUUGCUUCAGUCAUGCCCUUUCCUGACAACAGUGCAAGGAAAAGAAAGGAGGAAAUACUACCAGCGUUAACCAAACCAGAUAUACAGCUGCCUGUCGCUCCCCUCCAUUCCCCCAGCUGCCAUGGGUCAGGGUGAGGAGGCUCCAGGCCUCCACAGCCACCAGGUGAUAUCCCCGCUACCAGACGGUCACCUGGACACGAAUGUGUCUGGAGGGCCUCUUGGAUCCCAAACCCUUCUUGUUUUUCCUCUGCCCCGAACAGUGGUUCUCAACCUUCGAUCCUCUAGAUUUUUGAGACUUCAACUCCUAGAAUUCCUGAACAAUGAUCAUACUGACUGGGACUUCUGGGAAUUGAAUUCCAAAACAUCUGGAGGCCCAAAGGUUGAGAACCACUGGGCUAGAAGGCAGUGAAAACAAGAAGGAGUUGUAAGGCGUCCUGUGUCUGGCCAGCAGGCCUUGGCUGAGUGGGCCCCAUGUUCCUGUGCUCAGCCAGGAAGCCCUUUUGGAGCGGCUGCUCCCUUUAGUCAAGAGGGUCCAAAGCCCUCCAGCCCAGCCAGUUUGUUUUCUGAGGUGGUGUGACUGUCCCUCAUAUCCUUGGGCCCCAGUCCCACUGCUGUCACCCGAGGGAGGCUGAAUGACAAAUCCCCUGGGACUUGGCUGCUUCUAGGGAAGGAGAGCAACUCUCACCAAGGAGGCAGCGGAGGGUUUGGCCACACAAGGGCAACUCCUUCUCCUUUUGCCCUCACACGUCCACUAACUCAGCGCAGCUUUUGGCCAUGCAGGGGGUGGGGCUGGGGGCAUGUGUUGCAAAGCAACUGAGCACAUGGCAUUAGAUCUUGCCCGUACCACUUGGCUCAUUUGGUCUGAUAGCUUUUUUCCCCUCCCCACAGGCUUCUUAGCUCCUGUCUUUUUUGCCUCCUGGAAGAUGCUUCUGAAUAAAGCCAUUUCCCCUGUGCAUGCAUGGCGGCUCAUUGCUAGAGGGACAGAGGGUCUUUUGCAAGCAAUCCACAGAAAGGAGGAUUGUGUUGAAGCUGGGGGCAGCAGGUGGGGAGA